AUGACCGUACCUUGUAAUAGAGGCGACCUGCCCACGCCGUACGAGCCCGUGGGCAAUCUCGACGGCGCCCCAGUAACAGAAUACCUCUACGCUUCAUACAACUCGCCGACCAAAAAAUUCACGGAGUUCGAGUGCCUCAACCAGAAUCCGGGCUAUCAACGCGGGACCAUGCGACUAGAAGAUCAAAUAUUUUUUUAUGGCGAGCUCGUGCCGCCCUUUAUUGAUGUAUUGGGCAGAGGGGCGAAUUUCCGACCGUCGAAGGACGACCAGCUGAAGUACCACUCGUAUCCCGCGGCGUCGCAGCAAAGCUUCGAGGGCCAGUGCUACCGGAAUUUGCAAAAGUACGGGAGCGCGGUCUACCAGCGGUUCAAGGAUUAUUUCGGCCCCGACUUCAACACGCAGACGGGCGCGCCGCACCAGGGCUACGGGAGUUCCCAGUACUUGGGUUUUCACGGUGCUGGUUCCCUAGCCAUUGAUUUACCCCAUUUCCGACGCUUCGAGCCGACGCAGAACUGCACGCGCGGGUUUUUGCUCAUGAACGAGACGCUAAAUCCGAGAGAUGGCGUCAUGGUCUACACGUCGCCGAGGUACGACACGCAGGAGGGCGACCGCUACAUCCGGAGGGGCGACGACCAGUGGUAUCCGGGCACUUGUGAAGCCGACUUCUUUUGUGAUACGAGCGAUGGGUUGCAGUCGGAGUCCUGCGCCGAGGGCUACGUGUGUGAAGAAACCUCCAAUUCGUCAGAG